AUGGGCUGGAAAAGUAUAGCCUUAUGGCUACAUUUAGCGAACAGUUGGACCUUGACGACCGAGAAAAUCAGCGAAAACGAACUCUACGACCAGGACUCUGGCGAAUACAUAAAAAUCUUCUCGUCGAAAGGUGCUGAUCAAUACAAAAUUUCUGGAGUCGAUUCUGGACCGUUCUAUGUCGAAUCAAGGAGAGAUGAAACUUUGUGCAGUGACAAUGUCUGCGGAAUCCUGUGGCUCAAACGAGGAAUCAGGCUUGAUAGAGAAGAGAAAGACUCGUAUAAAGUUACAUUGACGGCAUUAGACAGAAACGGCAACCAGGUAGAAGAGGACACCCUUACUAUCGAAGUUCUUGAUGAAAACGACAACGCUCCAAUCUUUACCGCUGCAUCUUCCAAACUUCAAUGCGAUGAAAGCACUCGAACUGGCGGCAGCUGUGGAAAAGUCGAAGCAAUCGAUGCUGACGCUGGAAACGCUGGCGAAGUCGAAUACAGACUUCUGCCCAACCAGGAGACAUGGAAAAGACGAGGCGGCGAUCUGGAGACCAAGAGCAUGGGAAUCUUCAACAUCAACAGUGAAACUGGUGAGAUCACGCUGAACAAUCCCGGCCCUUCUUAUUGGGACGCUGAAUCGUACGAAUUCGUCGAGAUCGAAGUAACUGCUCAGGAUGCACCUGGUAAAUCAGCGCGAAAUCCUCCAGUCACCGAAAAGAUCACAAUCUACAUCAAAGACGUCAACGAUAACCCUCCUCGAAUCGUUGACUAUGAAAAGGUCAUCAAAGUCGGCGAGCUGAAACCAGUCGGUUCGGCGAUUGGAACCGAAAAUUUCGGCGGCAAGUACUCUUUCCGAGCUACUGAUGCGGAUGUCGACCCAGAAAACAACCGUGUUACCUUCCGGCUCAAGUCUGAAUCUAGCCCCUUUGAGAUUGUGAACAAAGAUGAUAACACAGCCUUUCUCCAAAUCGCGAAACCUGGUCUCGACUUCGAAACCCAGAAGCAAUGGAACAUCGAGGUCGUCGCUGAGAACAAAGAUGCUGCUGAUCGUGGCAAAGAUGCCAACUUUGCUAUCACGAUUGAUGUUUUGGAUGAAAACGAGCCCCCAAUUUGGGACGAUACUAACAUCAUCUUCAAAGAAGGAGACACGAACGGAGCCAAAUCGCUGCGAGACAACCCACGAGCGAAGGAUUUAGACUUUGGUGGAAAAUCUCCUGUUACUUAUCGAAUCACCAAGGACCCUCUUGGAUUCUUCGAUGUUGAUCGCAACUCUGGCACUCUUACAUAUGUCCACGCUGCUCCACUAGAUCGAGAAUGUGAAUCGCCAGCUUGCAACUACAGGAAUGGAACCUACGCUCUCGAGCUCGAAGCCUGCGAUGAUGAGAACCUCUGUGCCAAGAAAACCCACUACAUCUUCAUCGAAGACAUCAACGACGAGGGACCACGAAUCGAAUACAACGAACCCGUCUGCAACAUCCUCGAUUCUGGCUCCUAUGUCGUUAUCAAGGGCUCCACCGACCUGAAAGCUAUCGACCGUGAUGACUGCAAAAAGGACCACUGUGGUCCUUUCAAUAUCAAAAUCGUUGGCCAGUAUAGCAAGAAGUUCGACUUGUACAAAAAGGACGAUGACACUUAUCAACUUCGAUACAUUCCGCAAAAGUCCCUCCCUGUGGGAGAAACGAUGCACAUCCAAGUAAGCGGCACCGACCACGAAGGAAACAAGCAAGACUCCGUCAUCACUCUCAACGUCUGCAGAUGCAAAUCUGCUUUCGACGAAGCUGAUUGUGGCUUUGACGAGGCCAUCGCUGCAGGAGGAGGCGUUGUCGGCCCCUUCUUGGCCAUUGUUAUGGCAGUUAUCGUCAUUACCUCAAUCGUCGUUUUGCUCAUCUUCAUCAAAAUGAGACGACAGCCUGAAAAGGCUGAUGCUCUUAUCGAUGACGUCGAUGAUGAACGUGCCAACAUCAUGGCUUACCACCACGAAGGUGGUGGAGAAGAGGACCAGACCGAUUACGAUCCUGAAUCCCUCGUUCGCGCCAAGCACCAGAAGAACUCGUUAAUGAAGACUCGUCCCGUCAAACCCAGCCUCCUCGGCCCUGGAAUUCCUCCAGAAGACAUUGGUCAAUACAUCAACGCGGCAAAGGGUCAAGCAGAUGAAGAUCCAAGUUCACCUCCAUAUGACUCGCUGCUCACCUUUGACUACGAAGGAGGCAACUCCAUCUGUGGCGAUUUAUCCGAAAUUGCUUCGAAUGCUUCUGAUUACGACGAUGACAUGAACCUGGACAACUGGAGCUCGCCGAAAUUCCGCAAAUUGGCAGAUCUUUACGCCGGCCGUGAAAAUGAUGCCUACGAUGGAUGA